CCCCGAAAACGGAGUAAUUGGGGAAAGUGGUCAUAAUCUAAUCUACCUUAGAUUCUAAAACCCUAUGUUUUUUUUUUUUUAAUCUGACACACAGUGAGGACAAAUACAUAACCAACAAUAAGUAUCUCAAUAAUUGAAACAUUUUCUUUUUUUACAUAUCUGAGAUACACUUAUAAGUUAUUCAAGUUUGAUCGGCUAGACAUCUUGCUCUCAAGUCUCUGUCUAUCAAGGUUACUUCGAGCAUGGUCUGGUGUGUUUAUUGUGCUCGGGAUGAGCCGACUACCCAUUUGGAGGGUAAAAUAUGUUGUUCCGGAUGUGGAAGAGUAAUUGAAGAAGAUAAUUUUUCUAGUGAGCCCACUUUUGUUAAGAAUGCUGCUGGACAGAGCCAAAUGGCAGGAAACUAUGUGAAGACUGUCCAAAGUGAUUAUACAGCUUCACGUGAUAGAACACUAAAUGAAGCAUAUAAUGGUAUAGAGGGUAUUCUUUAUGGGCUAGGAAUUGAUGGUGGUGAUUCAAUAGCUCGUCCAGCUUUGCGCUUCUAUGAGAUAGCAGUUGAGAAGCAUUUCACAAGGGGGCGUAGGAAAGAGCAAGUUCAAGCUGCUUGUCUUUACAUUGCAUGUAGAUUUCCCCUUUGUUUAUCUCCUGAAAAGGGAGGGAACACCCAGAGUAUGAAAAAUAUGCAUAUAUCAGGGUCUGAGAAAAUAGGGGCAUCCUCAGUGGCUAAAUUUGAUCAUAAUGCGACUCCUGAUACAUUACAUGGCAUGGAUGGUAUGGGUCCUGAUGAUCAUGAUGAAUCAGAUAACUUUUCCGAUAUCGAUGAUGUAGAGGUUGAUGGUUAUCUUCACAAUGAGCAGGAGAAGAUCUACAAGAAGAUCAUUUGGGAAACAAUGAACCGAGAAUAUCUUGAGGAACAAGCAGCCAAGGAAGCGGCUGCAUUAGAUGCCAAGAAGAAGUAUGAGUCCAGAUUUGCUAACUGUUCUGAGGAUGUGCAAGAAGCACAGAGGAUUGCUGCUGCUGCUGCUGCCAAUGUUAAAAAAUCACGAAUGGAAAAACAACAGAAAAGGGCUGCAGAACUGAAAAAUUCCGGCCCGGCUAAAUCAGCUGCAGAAGCUGCGAAGCAAAUGUUAACUAAAAAGAGGCUGAGCUCUAAGAUCAACUACGAUGUGCUAGAGAAGCUUUUUGAUGAGUCUGGACCUGAGAACCCCAAGAAAACUCGACAUGUGGAUGAUUUAACUGAUGAUAACGGGGUAAAGAGCGACAAAAUUGAUCCGGAAAUAGACGAGACUUACGAAGAAGCAUUUGGCGAGGAUGUGCAGUAUGAUGAGGACGUUGGAGGAUAUGACUUUGACCAACACUAUAAUUAUGAUGAUUAUUAAAUUAAUCUGUAUUCGAUAUGGCUGGUUUCCCGUUAGAUAUAGCGGAUACAAGAUGUCAGAUAGCACAUUUCCGUUCACUUGUAUUAGGAAUUGUUAGGUCCUUAUAGCUAAUUGCGUCUGAACGUUAUUUUUGUUUUAAAAUUAUCAUUGAUUAAUAAUAAGUGUGUCAAUUUUGCUCGUGA